GUAUAUCGAACAUUACAGUACCAGCAGUGAUUGAAAACAUACUCUUUACGACUAGGGAAUCGUAGCUGCAAUGGCUGCCGCCGCAAUGUUAUUCAUUGUGGUGCUGUCAUCGUUCAGUUACCUGGGCUGGGCGGCGCGAGCGCCAGGAGACGAGCGUCCAAACUUCGUCAUCUACUUGCCAGACGAAACAAGAGCGGAGAGCAUCGGCGUCUAUGGUCAUCCAUUUGUUCGCACGCCAAAUUUGGAUGCACUGGCCGCUAACGGAACGGUGUUCAAGGAAGCCCAUGUUCUGCACACACAGUGUGCACCGAGUCGUUGUGCUAUGAUCACUGGUCGGUAUAUGCACGUACUGGGACAUCGUACACAGACACAUCUGGUGAGAGAGUAUGAACCAAACUUCUUCCGCUAUCUGAAGGAUGCUGGCUAUUACGUGUCAUGGCAUGGCAAGAAUGAUAUGUUCUCACAAGCAGCAUUUCCACUCUCCGUCUCAAACUGGACGUCGAAAACAGGUGUGCCAAUGGGGAAAUCCCCCUUCAAAUUCGGUGAUGUUGGAUACUACAGCUUUCUGUCUGGAAAAUCAGACAAGUUUGGAAAUGACAGCAGUUCUGGAGAUUACCAGGAUAUCUUGAAGGCCCUGGACUUCAUGAGAAACAACCCACCGGAGCCCUUUGUCGUGUUCCUGCCAACGAAAGGCUCUCACCCGCCGUACGGUGCACCCCUGGACUACUUUGACAUGUAUUCUCCAGACCAGGUGGCCAAGCUAGCACCACUACGUCCUCCCAAUCUACCCAAUAAGCCAAAGUAUCAUGACGGCAUUAUCACGUUUCGCGACAUGGAGACGCUGAAUCAGACAGUCUUCAACAAAAUCAACGCGGUAUAUUUAGGCCGUGUCAGCUACGUUGACUGGAUACUCGGAGAACUAGUGAAAGGAAUUGAUGCACUGCCCGACAUAGCCAAGAACACUGCCAUCUUUGUGACGUCUGAUCAUGGAGACUUCAGUGGUGACUAUCAUCUUGUGGAGAAAUGGCCAGGUGGAAUGGAUGACAUCCUAACACGUGUGCCUCUCAUCGGUCGGAUUCCCGGCGGUGUGAAGGGACAUGUGGUGGAGGCUCCAGUCAAUGUCUUCGAUCUCUUCUACACGCUAACUGUGAUGGCUAAGGUGAACGUAUCUCACAUCCACUUUGCUAAAAGUCUUCUACCCGAGUUGAUGGGUGAUGCUGGUGAUAUGAAUCGCACAGUCUACAGUGAAGGUGGAUAUCAAUACUUCAGAGAAUUUGAAGCAAAUGAUCCGGAACAACGGCAUGCAUAUGCCAACAAGGACAACUUGUAUUACCCACGCGGUCAAGAAGAGAUCAAGGAAGGCUGUCCCAGGGCCAUCAUGGCCAAGACAGCCACUCACAAACUGGUCUAUAGACCUGAAGGCGUCAGUGAACUGUACGACUUGGCAACGGACAAACGAGAGCUCAACAAUGUCUACAGUGAUCCGAAUUAUCAAACUGUACGUAAGGCAAUGCUGACUGAUCUCCUUAAGUUCAUGGUUCGAACUGCCGAUGUCACACCUGUGCUGGAAGACCCCAGAGGACUACCAAAACCACCUCAUGGCAAAAGAUAGACUUGCCAUUCAACUGCUACACCGUGAUAUGUGUGCCUGAUUCUAGUGUUAAAGUUUCUGUUUUAAAUAUAUUCCCAUUUUCUAGUUCUUGUUUUACGGAUACAUGACUUGCUAGAUAAACAACCAUUUGCUUUAAGAGGACUGUGUAGCACGUAAAUGGAAGAAAACAACUGUUUCUGCAGAAUUUCAACUUGAAUAUGUCAUUGCAGAAUAUUCUUGAAAAAUAAACAAGAAUUAGAUGUAGGGUAA